UCUCUUAUUGGUCCCUUUUUUUUCAGUUGGUUCGUUCCCCUUUUCUUUUCAUUCUCUUGAUUUUUAUUGAAAAAUUAUCUAUCCACAACAAUGAUGAUUUCGUUGGACAUUCACGAUGCUGUGACUCAAUAUGUUCUCUCGAGUCAUCCUCGUAACCGGGCCAUUAUUGAUAUCAAAAAUAAGCGCACGGGGGAAUUAAGUUUUAUCAAGAUCAGACAUCGGCUGUCGAAUUUUUAUGCCAGACCUUUGACGUGUGGGCUGAGACGCAAGUGAAAAGUGCGGCGGACAAAAUCAAGCCGAUUUUACUGCACGGAGAAAAGAGAUACGAAGUGUGUCUUCGAGAUACGUCUCGUAUUGGAUUUGAAUGGUGCUUUGAAUGGGAAGGCCAGAAUUACCGCUGG